UUGAUGUCGGUAAAAAAUUCUUACCAUGUGUCGGCAAGGAUCCGAUGGAGACGACAGCAGCCAACACAACAGUGGGACCCAAACAGGGGAGGAAGUAUGCAAGUGAAGAGAAAGAACAGCACAGCCCACUGUCGGUGCUUGAUUUCGAAUAUGGAGAAAACUCAUUCUCCUCUUUCAACCAAAGCCUUGCCAUUAUGGAGAGGACAAAGCAAAAGCUUAUGGAAAAGAUCCAGCAUUUAAAGAGUCUAGCAAAAGUGGAACCUGUCAAUCUAGAAAAAUGGAUGUCCUUGGAAGGAACCGGAGAAGAUGGCGAAGUUGAUGAUGAUGAUGAUGAUGAAGUUGAAGAAGAGGAAGAAACAAAUGAAGUCGAAGAAAAGGCCCGGCAGUUGCUGAAUCGUGUCAAAGGAACAAGUUCACUACGGAUCUGUAAAAACAUUUGUACUGACAAACUGCUUUUGGAUCUAUUUAGAGAAGAAAUUGCUACAAAAUGGAAUCAAACAAGAAAUGAAGAGCUUGAACGUGAUAUGGUUAGGCUAGCAAAAGCAUGGAUCGAUGGAGAACAGAACGAGACAGAAAAAUGGGGAGUAGGGGAAAAGAAAGAGGCCUGUGUUAGAGACAUGGACAGGGAAGGAAGGUGGAGCAAGUUUCUGCAGGAAGAGCAAGAAGACUUGGCCUGGGAAGUUGAGAGUAGGGUGAUGAAUAUUUUGGUGGAUGAACUAUUAGCUGAUCUCCUAUAGCUCGAUCUCCUAUAACUCUGACCACAAAAUUAAGCCAAGGGUGAAUUGACACGUUUUUCAGCCACCAAUUAAGCCUGUGGAAUACCAGAUCGCCGGAGCACGGAUCCUGCUCCUGUUGUUACCAUCUGAGAAAGACCAGGCAUCUGUUGUUUGACAUUAUAUAUGGGCAAUGUCCAUAACAUCAAGAGAUGAACAAACAGUGAAAAUACGUGACAAGGCAUGUCCCCCAGCAAAAGAUCACUAGAGCUUGAGGUAUUAAUUGUAAGGAUGGGGAGAAGAAAGAAAGAAACCCAUAAAAAGGCAAAUCUCAUGCCCUCUUUAGUUGGGUCCUGUAGGCUCAGAAAUCAGAAUGUAUGCUAAAAUUUUGUAAAAAAAAAAUAAAAAAAAAU